AUGGGACCAUCAUACGCCAGAAUCAAGGGGUUUGAUGAAUCAUACACUAAAUUUGCAUCAAAGUAUUCAUUAUACUUGUAUCGGGAACAACACAAGGAUAAGAUCCCUAAUGAAGGUGAUUUUUUAGACGGUGUUCCCGUUCUUUUCAUUCCUGGGAAUGCAGGUAGUUAUCGACAAGUUAGAGCUAUUGCCGCAAGAGUCAGUGAAUUGUAUUAUGAUGAACACGACAAGUAUAAGAAAAUAAAUCCCAAUUUCAAGAAUUUAGAUGUUUUCGCGGGUGAUUUUAAUGAAGAUUUCACAGCAUUUCAUGGAAGAACCAUAUUGGAUCAGGCCGAAUACUUAAAUGAAGCAAUAAAGUUUAUUCUUGAUUUAUACUCUUCAAACCCAUCACCUCCCAAGUCCGUGAUAAUUGUUGGUCAUUCUAUGGGUGGGAUAGUUGCCCGAGUCAUGAUUACACUACCUAAUUAUGUUGACAAUUCCAUAAAUACAAUAUUAACUUUGUCAUCGCCACAUGCGGCUGCACCAUUAACGUUUGAUGGGGAUAUAUUAAAGAUCUAUUCUGCAAUUGACCGCUUCUGGUAUGAAGGAUACAACCCCAAAUCAACUUCUGAAUAUGGGGAAAUUGCCCAUGAGAGAGUCAAAGAUAUUAGUUUAAUUUCAAUCACCGGUGGUGGAUUGGACUCAACUUUACCAGCAGAUUAUACCAGUUUAGGAUUUUUGAUUCCUCCCAAUAAUGGAUUCACCGUUUUUACCACAGGAACACCUAACGUAUGGACACCAAUUGAUCAUUUGGCUAUAGUGUGGUGUUCACAAUUGAGACAGUUUAUAGCCGAGAGUUUACUUGAGGUUAUCGAUUCUAAUGCACCAGGUAAGACAUACCCAUUAGAGAAGCGAAUGAGGAUAUUUAGAAAGCAUUUCUUGAGCGGAUUUGAAAAUUACCAGAGUCAAGAUUAUGAAAGUUACACUAGGAGUAAUUUAAUCGAAGUUGACUUGAAAGGUAAAACUACGAAUAAGGUGAAGCAAUUAAAUAUGGGAGCAGAUUAUAAUCAAUAUAAUAUGUUUGAAUUGGAAAAGGGCCAACAUUUUUCAUUGCUUGCUUCAGUUCCAUUGGGAAAAUACCAGGAUAAGGCAAAUACAGUCGUGUUAUUAUGUACCAAAGGUAACACUUUAUCAUGUGUCGAUGUUUCUCCAGAUAUGGUAACUAUACCAAGAUCAACAAAAGACACCAAUUCACUUGAAGAUUCCACAUUUGGAGGAUCAGCAAACCCAUUUUAUGGAUUAGAAUUUAAUUCGACAAUUUUAGACAAUUACGACACCAUAUUAGUGAUACAAAAUGGUGAACUUGGGGAUGAUUUUAUAGUUGCAGAAUUGAACCAGGAAAGCUCGAUAAAUUAUAAAUUAAAUGCCAGUGGAUUGUCCAUGUUAGGCGGAGCCAGUUUGACUAUACCCAAACGUGCAUUAUCAAUCAACAUUCAGAUCCCGGGUGCAUGGAAUAGUAUCCUUGUUUACAAGUUGAGGUUGUCCAGAUUGGUUGAUGGGAAGUUCACUAGUUUUAUGCGACAAUGGAAAGAUGAACCAUUUGAAAGCAAGUGGUAUAUCAACUUGACCAAGGAGAAAUCAAUUGGGUUGAGCAUGCAUGGAAUAGCACCGUUUGUACCAUUUAAAGUUAAGAGUGAGAGUUACAGUCAUGCGAUUAAUAUUCAAUUAUGGAGUGAUGUGACUGGACGGGACGCCCCUUUGACAGUUAACAUUUCCAUUGAUUUGGUGUCUAGUUUACGAUUAUUGGUAUUGAGAUAUAGAAUAUCUAUUGUGUCCAUGAUUGUGGCAAUUAUUAGUAUGGUUAUAUUAUUCCAAUUUAGAAGUUAUGGCAGUGGAAAGACGUUUCCUUCGUUUAUCAAUGUGAUUGCCAUGAUUCAUCGCCGUGGAUGGUGGAUUCUUCUUACUGUUUUGAUUAUGAUUCAACCAAUUGUUACUAUUCCGUUUGUUCAACAUGUGUUAAACUUCAUUGACCCUGUGGUUAUACAAGAUUUCAAUGAGAUUAAUUUAAGUUUACAUCCUGAUUUUAAAUUAAAUUCGUUCUAUUUGGGAUUAGAUGAAGGGUUUACGUUAGUUGGGAUUAUCUUGUAUUUAAUUGCUAAUUUUUUGAUUAUAAUUACAUAUUUGGUACUUAGGAUCUUAGGAGCACUCAUACAUUAUGUGGUUGACAUAAUCCCAGUCAGAGCAAGCAGAGGCUCGAGCAAGUAUCGUCGUGUCAUUGCGACAUUGCUUUUAAUCGGGUCGAUAUCGACUUAUUUACCUUAUCAAAUUGGAUAUGCUAUGUGUUGUGUUAUACAAGCCAUGAAUGUGGUUAAGAAUUGGAAACAGAGACAAGACUUGAAUUAUCAAUUGUCAAUACUUUUACUUAUGUUAUGGAUCUUACCGAUAAACAUCCCUAUUGUCAUUGUUUACAUUCAUAAUUUGGCAGUCAAUUGGAAAACUCCAUUCAGCUCCCAUCAUAAUUUGUUAUCGAUAGUGCCAAUUGUUUUAUUCGUGCAAACAAAUAGUUUGUUGAAAUUACCGAGAGUUAAACCAAGAUAUGUCAAGGUUUUGCUGUGGUAUUUGGCUUAUGUUAUUAUGUACGCCGUGUUAUAUGGAGGACGACAUACCUAUUGGUUACAUCAUUUAAUGAACUUGUUAUGCUGUGUGUUAUUGUUAAUAUUUUACGAUCAUGACGAAGAUGACGAGCAGCAAGAGCUUCAAUGUAAAUAG